AUGCUGCUGCUGUCGCCGCGCAGCGCGCUGCUCUCCGUGUACUGCCCGCAGCUCUUUCUCAUCCUGUCCAGCGGUAGCUACCUAGCGCUGUCAUCCGUCGUGGCCCUGGGAGCCAACAUCAUCUGCAACAAGAUCCCUGGCCUGGCCCCGCGGCAGCGCGCCAUCUGUCAGAGCCGGCCCGAUGCCAUCAUCGUGAUCGGGGAAGGGGCGCAGAUGGGCAUCAACGAGUGCCAGUACCAGUUCCGCUUCGGGCGCUGGAACUGCUCCGCCCUCGGCGAGAAGACCGUCUUCGGGCAAGAGCUCCGAGUAGGGAGCCGUGAGGCCGCCUUCACGUACGCCAUCACCGCGGCCGGCGUGGCCCACGCCGUCACCGCCGCCUGCAGCCAGGGCAACCUCAGCAACUGCGGCUGCGACCGCGAGAAGCAGGGUUACUACAACCAGGCCGAGGGCUGGAAGUGGGGCGGCUGCUCCGCCGACGUGCGCUAUGGCAUCGACUUCUCCCGGCGCUUCGUGGACGCCCGCGAGAUCAAGAAAAACGCCAGGCGCCUCAUGAACCUGCACAACAACGAGGCGGGCAGGAAGGUCCUGGAGGAGCGCAUGAAGCUGGAGUGUAAGUGCCACGGCGUGUCAGGCUCCUGCACCACCAAGACGUGCUGGACCACGCUGCCCAAGUUCCGCGAGGUGGGUCACCUGCUGAAAGAGAAGUACAACGUGGCCGUGCAGGUCGAGGUGGUGCGUGCCAGCCGCCUGCGCCAGCCCACCUUCCUGCGCAUCAAGCAGCUGCGAAGCUACCAGAAGCCCAUGGAGACGGACCUGGUAUACAUCGAGAAGUCCCCCAACUACUGCGAGGAGGACGCGGCCACGGGCAGCGUGGGCACACAGGGCCGCCUGUGCAACCGCACGUCGCCCGGCGCGGACGGCUGCGACACCAUGUGCUGCGGGCGGGGCUACAACACCCACCAGUACACCAAGGUUUGGCAGUGCAACUGCAAGUUCCACUGGUGCUGCUUCGUCAAGUGCAACACGUGCAGCGAGCGCACCGAGGUCUUCACCUGCAAGUGAGCGGCCCCGCCCACCCCGCCGCGGGCCCGCCCCGCGCCCUUGGCACCUCUGCCCGGCCGCCUGACCGCGCGGGCAGGGGUGUGUGCAGGAGGUGGGCGCUCCAGGCGCGAGAGGGCUCCCACGGGGCGGCCACCUUUUCCUGGCCCACCAGCGGCUCUCUCCUGCCACGCCAGUCCCCUCUUGUGGCAGAACAGUGCCCGUCAGCUGGUCCAGAGGGCAAGGCCGAUGGCGUGAGUGUCCCCGGCGGCGCCCAGUGCAUUUCUUUUCUCCGGGACAGUGAACCUCAAGGACACACACUUACCCGGACUCGGAGCGUCCUUCUCCCCCAGCCUGGUGGUGCAGGACGCAGAAAGACUUCGUCCCAAGCCUCAGCAGCCACUGGGCUCCAGGGCAGUUUGGGCAGAUGUCGACAAAAAUUAUUUAUGUUUUCUUAGUAUCCGAAGAGGAUUUUAGCACUAAGGCAUAGCCGGUCCUAACUCCGUACUCUGUUAGCGUGUCCCCUUGCCGCCCUCUGCUCCCUCUUCUGGCCCCUGGGUACCCGCGGGAGCAUCCCGGUGUAUGGCCCUGUCCAGGGGGAGGUGGCUGGUGCAAGUGGUCUCUACGUGAGCUGGGUGGGGCGCUUGGUGGCUGGCACGGCUGAGACCGCCUGUGAGGAGAGCCACUGACAGGGACCUCUGGCCCCUUCCUCCCUUCUUUUGAAAAUCAUAUCGAGCAAAUCAGAUUGUCACCCACAUCAGGUUCCAGGAGUGCUGUGUCCCUGAAUGCAGUUGCUCUUCCAGCCCUCCACCAGCCAGAUGCUCCCCUAGUUUACAGAACCCCCUCCUGCCCUGGAAUCAGCUGGACCCCCAGGACAGCACCAUGCCGGGGCCGGCUGGUGGGACAGGGGGACAGUUCAGGGGUAUUUGCCUUAUUUGACAGAUGGGGACCCUGAGGCCCAGAGCAGCUCGAGCACUAGUGAGAGACCCCCCAAGGCCGUGAGUGGGGGCUCUCUCCCGGGCUCAGGCUCCCUGACCGUCAUCCCAGGGCUCCUGACCUUAAAGGCCAUGCUCUGGGGACACCCAGGGUGACAGGCAGUCCCCAUGCCUUGAAAACUCUGGCUGUGCCCCUCCCUGCCAGCUUCAGUGGGGUCCACGCCCCCCUUCUUGAGGUGCCUUUGAGGGUUUCUCUGGUGGUCUCCUUGCCCAGUCCAGGUCCUUUCAUCCUGACCCUGAUGCUGAGAAAGCUCGGAUCCAGGGCACUGCUCCGCCACGGUCCCACCUGCUGUGCCAGCAGAUAGCUGCCCUCCAGUCAUCCGUGGUCCCCACCCCACGUCAAGUUACCCUGAAACCUGGGAGACAGGAAUGGAAAGGGGUCCUGCUUGGUUCUAAGCUGUGGGCCGGGUGGGGAGAGAGUAGGGGCCUGAGAUUCAGCGCUGGACAUGCCUCCUGCCAAUACUCCUGCCCACCAUGGGGAGACCUAGGCACAGGGUCCCGGGGCCGGGAAGGACGGCGUGCGCCGGCUUCUAGUGCACCGCGGUCCUUGCACUCGUCCCGGUCCUAAUUUGAGGUGUCUUCUCACAGAAUCCCAUGUCAGUGUAUCUUCAGGCUACUAACCGGACAAGUGUGCUGGGCACUAGCCUGGGGUGAGUGACACUGGGCCCUGGCCCCUGGCCCCGGCGUCUACCCUGCCUGCCUGCACGAUGCCAGGACAUGCCACCAACAGCUGCUGUCCUGGGAGCUCCCAGGCCACUGUGAAUGCCCCCCCAGGCCCCUUCCCACUCCCCCACCCCAGGUCCCAGGAUACCCCCCUGAGUCCACAGGCCUAGCAUCCUCUGCCAAGAAACCUGGUUAACUUAUAUUGUUAUAUAGCGUCGAAAUGUCUAUAGUGUCUCUUAAGUUAUUGUGACCUACACUGGGUACUGGGGGGCGGGGGGAUGGCCGCGCUGUCCCCGAGCUAGGCGCCUCCUUCUGCUUGAAACCGGCCCUUGGACCCUUGGGGCCCCUGAUGCCACCAAGUCACGUGCACUGUCCCUCGGCGACUCGGUGGCCCCCACCGAGACCCCGCCCUCCCCUAAUAGGCUGUCACCCUUCCCUUGGGUGGGGGCGGGGGUGUCGUGUGGCCCAGGCAGGGACGCUGGUGGCCGAGGCGCU